ACUAAUUCAAAAAAGCUUAAUAGUAACUUAACACACUCUCAAUUUGAUUCUGAUGUGAUAAGAAAACUUGGAAUUCCCCUUUCUAAAGCAAAGCAAGCGAUUCUCUCACCAAAAAAAAAACACACACACACACACACUUUUUUAAAUUCUCAAUCUCUUUUUCUCUCUUUCUCCAUUUAUUUUUGUUUAAACUCCGAGGAGAUCGAGACAGCGCCAUUGAAGAGAGGAAUUUCCAUUAUUAUAUUAAAAGCUUCAGCCGGUAGCCAUGGCAGCGGCGAUUAAGAAGCUGGUGGUGGUUGUUACGGUGGCGUUUGUUGUAAGCACGGCUGCGCCGCUGGCCGGAGCGGAAACGCACCAUGUCGUCGGCGGCGACAGGGGAUGGGAUGUCGAUUCCGACAUCAGUUCUUGGUCGGCCGGUAGAACAUUCAGAGUCGGAGAUAAAAUUUUGAAAUGGGGGAGGACAGGGUUCGCAUACUCGGUGGCACACGGUAACGUAGUGGAGCUGCAGAGCAAGGAGGAUUACGAAGCGUGCGAUGUAAGCAAUUUUAGUAGAAUGUACAGUGACGGCAUAGAUAUCGUGGCCUUAAACGGAGAAGGAAUCCGCUACUUCGCAAGUAGCGAAGCAGAGAGCUGCAGAAAGGGGUUGAAACUGCACGUGCAAGUCCAAGCCCAACAGAAGCCCCAAACGACAGGACUUGAAGCAACGAACGACGUGUCGGACGCUGAUGUAACGGCAGCUCCUCCCACUCCUUCAACCUCUUCUCCAUCCUUCACUCCCAUUUCUUAUCUCACUCUCGCCCUUUUGCUCUUCGGCAUUGCCUUUACUUAUUGGAUCAGAUAAACCUUCACUUUUUAUUUGUUCUUAUUCAUAUCUAGUGUUGUACUUGUAGACCAUAUGUAAUGUUUUUCCUUCAUGUGACUUUUAGUUUUCUUUAAUCUUAUAAUAAUGUUAAUUAGAUUAAGAUUAACUUAGUAUAUUGUGGCAUGCAUGUC